AUUGCCUUUGCAGGGAGGUGAUGAGGGUGCUGGGUGGAAAGAAGAAGAAAAAAAAGAAAAGCAAUUGCAAAAAGACAAUGACGGAUGAAAUAGCAGACCAGGUACUGCUAAAGCGAUAUGCUGCAGUGAAGGACCACGUUUUUGAGCAGCAGAGUAGCACAAGAAAACCCAAUGUGCCUGGCUUUCCUAUGACAUACAACCCUUCUAACGCCUGGGUGCUUCCUGCUUAUUCCCAGGAAGAUUCGGAAGGUCAUCCGUCUGUGCCGGGAGGAAGAAUACGGCAACACGAUGACAUCUUGGAUGGGUCUCUGGUGAUCUCUAAAAGUCACCGUCGUCACAAUAAAAAGUGGAGAGGAAGUGGUAUGGCUCUGUUGAAGGCGUCACUCAUGGCUUUCAGUUUUGUGUUUUGGGUCGCUGGUCUAGUAAUGCUCACCGUGGGCAUCUGGGCUAAGCUCUCCUUAGAAGAAUACUUGGUUCUAUCCACUAAUGAUUAUCCGAAUACCCCACUCAUCCUACUCGUGAGCGGAGCCGCUGUCUUACUGUGGGGCUUUCUGGGUUGUCUCAGCGCUGCCGCGGAGAAACGUUUCCUCUUGCGUAUCUAUGGACUCUUCCAAAUGGCGGUUCUGGUGGCGGGACUGGCCGCAGGACUCUCUGGUUUGUUCUAUAGAAGGUAAUUUAAUUUCCCUAUUCCUAUUCUGCUAAGUAAAGCAUGACAUAAUGGUGACAAAGAAUUUGAUUUCAUUUAAUUUUUACAAUAUUAUAGUCCACUAAGUCCAGGUUAACAUUACACUAAACAGCUAAUUUAUAGGCCAAAAUAGCUGUAGAAAAUAGCUUAAUGUGAGAUUUUGUUUUCCCAGAUUAGCCAUAUUUUCCUGCAUUUUGAAAUUCCCUACAAGAUUGUUUGAACGAAAAACCCUGUUAGUGUUUGGCAAUCAAAAAUACAAUAAACGUUCGCAGAGAGGAGAGAGCAAUACAUUUAUUCCAGUUUUCCUGCUUACUGAAACUAACUGACAAGCAGUGUUCCUGAUAAAUGGAACUAUAAUGUAUACACAUCAGCAGCGGAACUACCAGCGAUACAGCCACACCAUUGGCCACCAUUGGGGCAUUAGAACCCAUUCUCUGAUCAGGGGCCCCGUUGAGCGGUUGGGUCCUUUAAUGCUACAUGAUCAGGUUGGGGAAAUAGAAAUAUCUCCCCCAAUUGGACUGUAUUUAACAGCGCCCCAGCCCACACCCCUGCCAGAUCUAAAUGCCAGUGGUAGGAUAUGAUCCAUCUACAGCAGGGGUUCCCAAUUAAUUUUUCCUGUAGAACCCUUUGACAUAGUGUAUUAACAUCGUGGAACCGUUUGUUUUCCUGGCACUGGAGAAUCCCUUUAAUUACCAGUUCAGAUGGAUCUUGUGCUAAAGUAAUUGCUUAGAAUUGUUGCCAAUUUCAGCCGAAGAAUCCUCACUUUGCCACUGAUUGCCAUGAUACAGCUUGGGUGUAGUUCACUGCCAAUAAACUGUCAACAACAACUCUUAGAAUUUAAACUUUUCUUUCUGCAAGGUAUACAUUGUAAGUGAACUACGUGUCGUGUGACUUUGCUUUGUACAUGUCUUACAACAGGGACAUUGCUGAUGGCUUUGAAAGCGGCUUGCAAGAUGCAGUUAUUUCCUAUUCUGAAGAUGAGGAGAAGGCCGAUGCGUUGGAUGUUAUUCAGCGGGCUCUGCACUGUUGUGGGGUUCACAGUUACCUAGACUGGCUCGAUUCCCCUUGGUCAAUAGAGCAACGGGAGCAACAUUCGUACUAUGAAUACAGCAAUGGCUCUGUGCCCAGUAGCUGCUGCCAGGCACGACGGGGAUGCCACAACAGCCCUGUGCUCGCCGGUGCCCCAGGUAUCCACAGGGAAGGAUGUUUUAAGAAAGUCUGUGACUUUGUAAGCGACAACAUGUUCUACAUAGCCACAGCGGCCCUGGGACUGGCUAUCAUGCAGGUGGUAGGCAUCAUUUUAACAUGUGUCUUGGCCACUAAAAUUACUCAAAGGAUGUCCGAUAUGGUUCCAACGUAGGAUCUGCGGGAAUGUGUUUUAUAUAAUACCAUUACUAACAGAGCAGGCCUGUCAGUGAGCUAUAAAUCCCAUUAAGCCUUCCAACCACUUUUUGUUGUUUCGGUUGGCAGAAGAAUUAUAGUCAGCUGACUUAAUUUCAUAACAUAAAAUGUAAUCUCUGUUACAUGUUGUUUAAUUUUGUUAUUUAUUACUGCUCUGCUAAGUUCCCUUGUCCAGAGCCAUUUAAGGUGCAUGCGUAACAAAAGCCGUAUCUAGUAUUGAAAAAUGACUGGUUUGGACGAAUACAAAAGUAUAUCAGAUCUGUAAUGCUUGUCCCUUAAACUUUAAGAUUGUCAAUUAGAUGUUUAAGGAAUUUUCACAUUUCAAAUUAAAUAAGAUUUACAAGAAUA